CUCUUUAAAUAUGACUCAAGUAGUUCCUUUUUGUGAUGUAUCAAUUAAUGCUGAAUGGAGUGAUUGGCAACACUAUCCAAAUGGAAGACCAAACCCAAUAUAUGGUGAAGAGGUUAUUAAAUAUGGAGCUACUGGCUUAAUGUUUGGAUUUAUUACUUUAGCAUCCAAUGGUGAAGCUUGUUGGGCUGCUCAACCAACAAUGGCUCUAGAUUGGGCUGUACCAUUAGCAAAUGAACUUAUUAAAGGUGGAAAAAGAGUUGGUGUAUCAUUUGGAGGUGCUGCAAAUUCUGACAUUUCUUCCAAAUUUACUAUUGAAGAAUUGGAACAAACCUACAAUAAAGUAAUUGAGCUAUAUAGCGCAACAUUUUUAGAUUUUGAUUUAGAAAAUGGCUUGUAUAAUGAAACAAAUAUCUGCACAGCUUUAAAAACUGUUUCUGCUAAGAACCCAAAUGUUACCAUUUCAUUCACUCUUCCAGUAUUACCAUCCGGCUUAACUACCACAGGUAUGGGUGUUGUUAAUAAAGCAAAGGAAAAUAACCUUACAUUUACUGUAAAUGGUAUGGCUAUGGAUUAUUAUGAUCCAAGCUAUAAAGAUAAAAUGGGUGAUGCUGCUAUUGAAGCUGCCACUAGCAUUAAAAACCAAUUAAAACAAGUGUAUCCAAGUGAAUCGGAUUCAGCUUUAUUCAGAAGAGUAGCCAUUACUCCAAUGAUUGGUUUAAAUGAUGAUCUUUCACUUUUUACCAUUGAUGAUGCUUCAAAAGUAGCUAACUUCUGUGCCACCAAUUCCCUUUCAUUCUUAAGCCAUUGGGAUCUUAACCGUGACAAUCCAUCAUCAUUCAGCUAUGUUGAUUUACAAACAUCAUCAAAUCCUGAUCAAAAAUCAAGUGGUGACUAUACCGUUGCAAUGGUUAAAUGUUAAUUUAAAAAAAUACUCAUUUUUUCUAAAAAUAAUUUUAAAUUAUAAAUAAAUAGUUUUUAAAAAAAAUUGUUGUUUUUAUUUUCAAUGAAAU